AUGACAGCAACUAUGCAGUGGACUUUGCUUCUGCUGACUUUGAUGGGUCAGUGUUGUUCUAUCACAUGUCAGCUCUAUGAGUAUCACUUUAUUGAAGAGAAAAUGAACUGGACUGAAGCUCAGAAAUACUGCAGACGGAAAUACUCUGACCUGGCCACAGUGUCCAACAUGACAGACAUGAAGAGAAUUGAGGAGUCAGCAGACAAAAUAAAUGAGUCAUGGAUUGAAAGUGAAACAUCUGAGAAAUUUUAUUUGAUUGAAGAGAAGAAGAACUGGCUGGAAGCUCAGAGUUACUGCAGAGAGAGACACACAGACCUGAUCAGUGGACUGAACCAACUAAAGGAUGAUAAACUAAACAAAGUGAUUCAAAAUAUGUCUGCUGACAAUUACCCAUUUAUUGGUUUGUUCAGAGACACCUGGAGGUGGUCCGAUGGAAGCAGUUUCUCUUUCAGACACUGGAAGCUACAGUUUGAUGAUGAGCAAGAUCUCAGUGGUCAGUGUGCCGUGUCUGUGUUUACUGAUGGAGGCAAAUGGAAGAAUGAGAACUGUGGUGAAACAAAAUCCUUCAUCUGUUAUGAAGAUAAAACAAUCUUGAUCACAGAGAAUAAAACCUGGGAGGAGGCCUUAUACUACUGCAGAGUUCACCACCAUGACCUGGUCACCAUCACCAACCUUGAUGAACAGAGAUGGGUCCAGGAGAAAACCAAGAAGGCCUCGACUCCUUUUGUCUGGACAGGACUGAGGUACACCUGCACUCUGGACUUCUGGUUCUGGGUCAGUGAUGAGGUGGUCAGCUAUAAGAACUGGGUCUCAGAUGGACAGAUGGAGGACUGUGACAUGUCUGGAGCCAUGGAGACAGGAGGACAACACCAGUGGUUUAAAAGAAGUGAUAGUGAGGAGUUUAAUUU